CAUAAUUCCGUUCUUCCCGGAAGUGCCAGCCAGGCUUCUUUUGGUGAUUUGGAAUGGACGCUUAUUAUGGGUGGAAAAUAGAAACUACUUAGCUGUUUUUUUUUUUUUUGCAUCUCAUUUGUUUAUUUUUUCCUCAGAGGAGAAUAAAACGCUGCCAUAAUGACAAAUGUGUACUCCUUUGACGGCAUCCUUGUGUUUGGACUUCUCUUCAUUUGUACUUGUGCAUACCUGAAGAAGGUUCCUCGUCUCAACAGCUGGCUCUUAUCUGAGAAAAAAGGUGUGUGGGGCGUCUUCUAUAAAGCGGCAGUAAUCGGGACCCGGCUUCAUAUUGCCGUGGCGCUCUCCUGUUUGUGUAUGGCGUUCUACCUGAUCUUCUUGAAAUGACACUGAUGCAGCCACCUCAUGGACUCUGUUUGGACGUUGAGGCCUGGAGUGCCAUCGGAAACGCCGUACAGGCGGAUCCUACCGUCAGGACACACACAGACGCUGCUCCAUGUUCCUGUUUCCUACCUGCUCCUAGAGUUGUAACCAUCUUGUCCUUUGUUUUCUCUUUUGAUGAUUUGUCUUCGACUCGAGCUGGAGAGCGAUGCAUCUAAAUCGGCAUAAAGGAAGAAACAUUAAGAUAAGAUUAAGGACAACUGACUUGUAUGAACAUUUAGCCUUUACUUGGUGGUUUAAGGUUGUUGUCAUGGUUGAAUAUGAAGUGGUGUAGAAGUUGCAAAAAAGACUUUUUUUUUUUCCCCCCCCAUCUCGAAAUUAUUUGCAUUCACUUGAUUCAUUUUUGUAGAUGCAAAGUACUUAAUAUGGCUGUCGCUAUAUUAAGGCUGCACAAUUUAGUACGGUUUUUAAUUCAAAUUGGUCAUAAAUAUAGCCUAAUAUUUCUCAUCAGUGGCAGUAGUUUCAGCAUGACGUACCAGGACAUGCCAGUCCUUUUCAGUGGUCCAUUUUGCUUUCUGAUAACACAGUUAAACUGAAUUUCAAAUUGAGGCUUUGACGAUGCAGUCAUUUAGGACCCGAGAGGUUACAAAAAGUCACAAUUCAUCCACUUUGUCCUCACUGGCUUUGCUUUUGGGUGUGCAUGUUACAUUAAGAUGCCUGUUAAUGCUUCAGUUUCAGCUGGAUUGUCUUAGCGCAACCAAAUCUGAUUUGAUUCUGUAAUGUGAAUAUCAUAUUGUAAUAUAGAGAGAUUCUACAGUACAGCAACAUCAGUACCAUGUGAAGGGUUGGAGGUUGAUAUUUGUAAAGAUACUCAGAUAGUAUAAUAUAAAAAUAUGUCUUACAAUUGGGAUGGGAUUUUCUUUUCUAAAGCAAUAAGGAACACUAAGCUGGAAGAAAUCUUCCAAGUAAGUCUUAUUUACUCAAUUGCGAAUCUGAGAUUUGUGAUCGAAUACUCGCUGACGCAGUACAGUACUCCUAACGUAGUCGAUGCCAAAUUGGCCGUGGUUUUAAUAUUGUUGUACAGAUCCGACCCUCAGACGUACAGCUUAUCGUCAGCUAAAUAAGUCACUUUGUAUCCAAGUGUACAUCUGUUCCUGACUUUCUGCACACUGUUGUCUGUAUGGAGCGUCAAUGCUGGUUGUUAAGCAAAAGGUUUUGGUAUCUGUAUUCUUUUUGUAUUUAAAUUGAAUUAAAUAAAGUGUAUACUGUAAACCCUUUA